AUGCCUUUGCAAAGGAAACGAUCAUCUUCAAGACGUAAUCGAGAUAGAAGGCAGCAUUCUAACAUUAACAGUGGUAGUGGAGAUGCAUGUAAUUACGUUGUUCGACAAGUACGAAGGUGCUUGGCGUCACGAACGCAAGCUGUAACACUUACAAAUCUAACGCCAUCUUCUCAGGAUGUUGACGUUAGCACUCGGGUUAUUGAAGAAGUCGAAGCUGAUGUAAGAGAUUUGAUAUGGCAAACUCUAAAGAUCAUACGGUACCUAGUAAGCAAUGAUCAGGAACCACCCACACAACUGCUGAAACUAAAUUUGAUUGCCGAUAAAGAAAGUGGUUGGAUAAUGGUCGUCAUGUGCUUAAUUGAUGUUGUUCCUGUUGAAGAACCACUUGGCCCUGCUGUUAUCACUCUUUUCUUGGAUGAGAGUCCACUGCCUACAAAGGAAACAGUAAUGCGUUUACUUACACACCAUAUGCACUUAGAGUUGUCACAUUUAACAAAUCGCAAAGAUUUAUCUUCUCGGCAUCGCAAUAUCUGUAUUGUACUUGGAUCUCUUGCUGAAAAGUUAGCUGGACCAAGCUGCAUGCAGAUAUGCACAAACACUACUCUCAGUUAUCUUCUCGAUAAUCUUGAACCUACGGGCGAUCUGCAAGUCAUUCUGUUUUCAUUAAUUGCUUUGGAAAAAUUCGCUCAAACGAGCGAAAACAGGUUAACAAUAUGCCGACGACUGGAGCAAAUGGAACAGAAUCCAUUAUUGGUUUUAGAGUCAUGGCUGAGUGAUUCAAGGAUUGAAGAUGACUGGCUGAAACAACAAGUUGCAUUUUGUGCUCAAUGGUCAUUGGACAAUGUCUUUGUGAUCGAGAACCGUAUACCGUCAUACAUGACUGUAAAUGUUGAUGACACCAAUGCUAUGUUAAAUCAUGAGGAUGUCAGCGAGUAUCUGAAAAUUGGUCCUAACGGCUUAGAGGCACGAUGUGAUGUUUCAUCGUUUGAAUCAGUUCGAUGUACAUUUGAAGCUACAUGUGGAAUUUGGUUUUACGAAGCUCUGAUUCUAACUUCCGGUGUUAUGCAAAUUGGCUUUGCUACGAAGCAGAGUCGUUUUUCAAAUCAUGAAGGUUAUGGGAUCGGUGACGAUGAUUGUUCUAUAGCGUACGAUGGUUGUCGACAAUUAAUCUGGCAUAAUGCGGAUUUCAUGAAAAUCGAACAUGAUCACUGGAAAGCUGGUGAUGUUCUCGGUUGCUUAUUGAAUCUACAGGACGGUUACGUGCAGUUUUAUCUUAAUGGUUUAUCACUUCGUCAACCGCAUCGCGCAUUCCUCGAUAGGCGGAAUGAAAAUUCAGGAUUUUUUGCAGCUGCGUCGUUUAUGAGCUUUCAACAAUGUCGUUUCAAUUUUGGCUUGAAGCCGUUCAAAUUUCCUCCAACGGACAUAUCAUUUAAAACUUUCAACGAUUACGGCACUCUCUUCUCUAAACAAAAAACUAUUCUCCCACGACAGCGAGGAAUUGAACUCCUUACACAAAUAUCUAUAGCGGAUGAUGCAUGCAAUUUAUGUUAUGCAAAUUCAAUUGAUACUGUUUUAAAGCCAUGCGAACACGGUGGAAUUUGUUACUCUUGCUCCGAGCAGAUUGAACUUUGCCCACUCUGCCGUGAAACAAUCACAGAACGUAUAAAGAUUUCUAGACGAACCUCAAUGUUGAUGCAGCAUAAUGGAACAAUGCUAGAUAAUACCAACACUGGUAGUCCAUCGUCAUAUAAUAUAUAUUUACAUUCCUUGUAA